AUGUUCGGUAAAGCUAAUCCGAGCCUGCUACCGGAUUUGCAGCAAGUUAGCAUUCAUACAUUGUCAACUCGGACCCCGUCGUUCUCCGGCUUCACUUUCGAGACAAUCGGCAAGCAGCCGUCUUUGCUGGCACGCAUCUCCGACAAACGUGCCGACGACCUUGACGUGUCUUCGCCUUCUUCUCCCCUAUACGGUGCCGAUUAUAUCGCACUCCCACCUGACUCUGAUAUCGACGACCUUGCUCCAUCCGCACCAUUGGAUAGGAAAUCGCUUCUGCAAGCCUUGACCAAUGCGGACGAUGCUGUCCACUCGAUGGACGUAGAUGGGGAUCGCGAGUCGCAUCAUCCUCGAGAUCCUUCGAUCCCCGAUAUGCUUCCUCAAGACGUUCAUCCCUCUGAAGGGAUAUCUGCUUUCGUCGCUCCGACUCCCCAACUCCCGGAGCACCCUACAUCUCCCAGAAGAUCGAGCUUUACCAAUCACAGUUCACACCCUUCAUUUGACUUUCUUGAUCUAGCUGCGGCUCAUUCUCCCGUCUCUACCACUUUCAGUCUGGCGUAUCCAGAGUCAGAGCAUCCUGAUGCCACGCAGAAUCCAUCCACGGAAUCCACUGAAAUGUCUAUCGAACACGAGGCUUCCGUCCCGCCUUUGGCUCCAGCGUCUAUCGCGGUACCUCCUAGUAUUGCGCCCUCGGGUGAUGAUGCACGCGCCAUUGAAAAAGUGGAUACUCAAGAACACCCAGAAGCAAUGGGAAUGAUCCCUCUAUAUGAACACGUCUUAGAUACAAUAUCGACCAUCACGGCUAAGAGUUCGACUUCCAAGGUCGACGAAUUUGAGAAGGUCAUUGCCGCUUUUCAAGCCGUUCAGACACAAUCUGUCAGCGCCAUGUCUGCUGCUCGAAAGGCUCGCUGGCUUGCCGAGCAAUCCUGCGACUUGGCCAAACAGGCUUUGGUCGCCGCUGAAGAAAGCCUAGACGCCGCCGAGAUCUCGAACCGACGUUAUCUAGAAGUUUCGGAGACUUUGGACAUCCGUAGCCUCCAAGAAUCGGAUCGCAAGAAAUUAGCCGAACUAGAGACAUUGAAAACGGAUAUAUCAUCGCUCGGGGACCGGCUUCAAGUUUAUACGAGCAAGAUGCAGAGCAAAUUGGCGUCGGUUACGGCGAAUACUCCCAGCUCAACACAUGUCGAGCGGGCUGUUUCUCCCUUCCAUGCCGUAGAAAUAGACAAUGCCUCAAAGGUGAAAAGUAUCAUCAGUCGCAAGGAGCUUGUGGUUGUUGAAGGUAAGCAACAAAACGCACGAAAAGUCACGCGCGUACACGACGUACCGGCUCCCGAGGUUGUGGCCGACGUCGCUACAAGAGCUUGGGAGGCUGAGCGGGAACUCAGCGCUCGACGCUCCCUUCCGCCCGCGGAUACAAGCAAACCAUCGCGUAUCACCGCCGACCCGCGCGAGGGUGACCAACAACACACUGUUUCUAUCAACCGCUCUGCAGAAUCGUUCACCGAGCCUCAACCAAGGCGGCGUUCCGACCGCGACAUAGUCCUUACCGAGAAGGUCCAAUAUCAACCAGAGAUGGCGAGAGGACUUCUGGGUGGCCGACGCCAAGUAGAGAAAAAGACUGCGCAAGAGAUCGAAGAGAUUGCCAGUCUAACAACGUUGACACUUCCAGCACCAUCGACCACGACGCCCGUUGGCCCCGCUCCUCGCUUCGGUAAUCCAGUAGCGAACCAAACAUUGCUCUCAUUUUCACCUCCUAGGAAUAAUAUUAUGAAAACUAGUAGCAUGCCGCCUGUCCCUUCUCAGAGUAGUCUCGAUCGAAGCACGCUGUCGGCCCCAGCAGCGGAAACAACCUCAGCUGCUUCAACCUCCAGACCCAACCCGUCCUUCGCAACUGGCGCUGGCGGCGCUACCAGGGAUCCACGAGAGCGCCCGCAAGCUAUUGCAAAGGAACCGAAAGACCCUUCGAGGGCGGCAGCACCACAAGGAUCAAACAUGCAAGUUGGGAGCGAAGAUGACGAUCCGCCCUCUUUUACCCUUCCUCCAAAGCCUGCGGCGUCCCCUAGUAGCGAGACUAUCAACCUUCUUCCAAAUCUCAGUGCAUUCAGCCCAGGAGUAAUCGUCCGUGACCACGCAUACCCAUCGGAAGAGACCGAUCCGCCGAUGUCGUUAUCGUCUCCUCUUGUCUACUGCACAAGGCAAAGUCCCGAACAGGGGAACAUGCCGUACGAGCCUGUCGAUACCCCGCUUUCUGCAAACUCGCAGAUCUGCAAUACCAAACACUUGUUGGGGCGCCAAGGCGUACAAUGGCACACAAAACUCGGCGAGAUUCCCAAAGCCAAAGAGGAACUCUCGAGGGAGCAACUAACGACGCCGGUUUCGGGGUCAGAUUCGCAACGUCCAUCCGACUCAACUACGGCGCAGGUCUUGUCUAUUGUCAUUCCGACCGUUCCUCCUGUGAAAGAACAGGCUGCAAUGACACCCAAUCGCUCCGAGGCUAAUCGUGUGUCGUAUACUACAAGUGGCAAGUCAUCCGAGGCGAGCCCACCCUUAGCUUCCUCAUCAGCAGUCAGCGCCUCCAGCCAGGAUUUGAGAAUUAAUGGUGAUUCGAAUAAGAUGCGACCUCCAACCACCGCCCCCCAUAACUUGGCACCGGCACCGGCACAAUCCCCAUCUGAAUACACACCCGUAUCUGCUGGUCAAAAAAGAAAGUUAGACGAGAAGGAACCUCCUUCCUUCAGCGCAAAGCCCAAGCCCUUUAGGGGCAAGCGCUCUCGUCCAGACGAUAGUCGCACGGUACCACAGGGGGAUCAUUGGUCGCCGGGCAGGUCGCUGCCUCCUUCACCAUCUCGCAAAACAUUUGCUCAGCGGAUCGGCCGCACAGCUGAUUGUUACCGUCCACAAUAUAACGACGACAACGAGCGGACUCAUAACCGUGCUUCGACCCCACCCUACUCUCCAUGGACCGAACGUCGCCUGGACGAUGACUCGCGAGACCCACUACCUGACUUGGCCUUGCGAAUGUCGGAGCCUCCUAGUCAACGCGGCCGUGGAAAGCAGCGCGGAGGGGCCAUUGCAGGCCCGUAUCGAGGCGGACGUCGUGGCACUGCUGAACCACCCAGGGCGCGAUUGGGAAGUGGUGGGCUUGAAAGCCGAAUUUCCGACCCUCAGACGAGUCUUGGAGAUCGCAUUGGUUCGUAG